CGCCAACUCGAGGAGGUUCGGCCCCCGGAACCUCUUCGAGGUAUAAUAGUAAGAAGUGGGAGGCCCUCGUCGGCUGGAGCGCGGCCUAAGCCUAUCACUUGUAAAAAAAGAGACCUUGAAACCAGAGUGUCCAUUUGCAGAUGUGAAGAACUGGACAAGCGCUUGAAGACAGAGGGAAGAUCCAUAAAUGCUCAUGAAAAUCUCGACUUGUUGGUAGGAAACAUCAUUAACAGAAUGCUAUUCACGGAGAGAUUCGAGAAGAAAGAGGCAGAGAGAUUCUUCUUUCUGAAGAAGAGGUUGGAUGACAUGAUGGAAAACGCCUCACUAUUCGACAUGCUUGUUGAAGAAUGGAAUGUGAAUUGGCCGUUGAUCAGAUCGAGGACAGACCGUCUGUUGGAGCCGUUCUAUACCGUCAUGGAUUUCAUACGUAAUCAAAUUGAGCAAAGGAAACGUGAAAUAGCCAACGGAACUCACGUCCUGCAAGGCGAAGGCGACGAUUUUGUUGAUGCUUUUCUGGUUCAAAUGAAGAAAGAUAAGGAAAGUGGAGUACCAACAAGCUUUGAUGAUGAAAUGUGGCAUGUCACUAGCUUCGACUGUGGCAUGGUGGGCAAAAACUACAAUUACAACAUUGGAUGGGCUUUUCCUUCUGACUUCUUCGAUCCUCAUGAAGGGCGCGCACUGGAUGCAAAUCUGUUCUUCAAUUCUGUGAAAGGGAAAGUGGAGGCAGAACUACUUUCCCUCACAAAAGGUCGACGCUUGCUCUCAAUCGCGGAUAGGCCAAACACUCCGUACUACAACGCCACACUGACUGGGGCCACUGAAACUGUAGCCCGCCCUGGCUGUAUGGGUGAUGUCCAGCCUAUUAUUGAAAUCCACAGAUGUGCAUCACUAAUUCCGAUGAAUCUGUGGCGAAACACAUCUGAAGACACUGCUGUUGGAUCCUAUGUGAUUCCUAAAGGAACCACCAUUACUGCUCAGAUCUCUGUCAUUAUGACUGAUGAAAAAUACUUCAAAAACCGGAACGAGUUCAACCCCGAUCGUUAUCUAAAUGGUAACAAGCUGGAUCAAAAGGUGGUUCCCAUUCGGUCUGGGAAAGAGAUCAUGUCUCGGAGAAUCAUCGCCAACAUUCUGCUUCGUUACAAUAUCGAUGCCGAUCCUUCACACAAGCCAAGCAUGAAGGCCAUGAAUGACCUCCAAUUCUUCAGAAAGCCACAACCUUAUCACAUUCAAUUUGAACGACGAUCAUUAUGA